UCCAAGCUCGCGACGUCAGGCCCAGGCGGCGCGGACAGCAGGCGCAGGGCCCCCGCCCGCCCCUCGCCGCUCAUCUGGGUCGGGGCCGCCGCGGGCACGACGGGGGAGCCGCUCGCCUCGGCAGCGUCAGGAGCGGCCCGUGGAGAGGCCGCAGCACUGCGGUCCACGACUCCCCGCGCGAGAUGGCCUCAGGGGCGUCUGCGCUGCUCCUGUUGCUGCUGCUGCUGCCGCCACCACUGCCGGGACUCCCGCCCCGCGUCGCGGGCUGCCCGGCCGCCUGCCGCUGCUACAGCACCACGGUGGAGUGCGGCGCCCUGCAGCUGCGCGCAGUCCCGCCCGGCAUCCCGCCGGGUACGCAGACGCUGUUCCUGCAGGACAACAGCAUCGCGCACCUGGAGCCCGGCGCCCUGGCGCCGCUCGCGGCCCUGCGCCGCCUCUACCUCCACAACAACAGCCUGCACGGCCUGGAGCCCAGCGCCUUCCGCGCGCAGCCGCGUCUGCUCGAGCUGGCGCUCACCGGCAACCAGCUGCGCAGCCUGCGGGGCGGCGCCUUCACCGGCCUGGCCCAGCUGCGUGUGCUCUACCUGGCGGGCAACCAGCUGGCCCGGCUGCUGGAUUUCACCUUCCUGCACCUGCCGCGCCUGCAGGAGCUGCACCUGCAGGAAAACCACAUUGAGCUGCUGGAGGACCAGGCCCUGGCUGGACUCUCCUCGCUGGCUCUGCUGGACCUCAGCAGGAACCAGCUGGGCACCAUCAGCCGUGAGGCCCUGCAGCCCCUGGCCAGCCUGCAGGUCCUCCGCCUCACAGAGAACCCGUGGCGCUGUGACUGCGCCCUGCACUGGCUGGGCACCUGGAUGAAGGAGGGAGGCCAGCGGCUGCUAAGUUCCAGGGACAGGAAGAUCGUGUGUGCAGAACCCCCGCGCCUGGCACUUCAGAGUCUCCUGGACAUUCCUGGCAGCAGCCUCAUCUGCAUCCCGCCCUCGGUGCACGUGGAGCCGCUGGAGGUCACAGCCAACCUGGGAGAGGACUUGCGGGUUGCCUGCCAGGCUUCCGGCUACCCGCAGCCCCUGGUGACCUGGAGAAAAGUGACCCAGUCCCGUGAGGGACGACCGCGGGCCCGGGCCCAGGCCGAGAGCGAGGCGCCGGGCCGGGGCGCGCCCGGAGCCUCCGACACGGGCACCGGCAUGCUCUUCCUGACCAACAUCACCCUGGCGCACGCCGGCAAGUACGAGUGCGAGGCCUCCAACGCCGGCGGCGCGGCCCGCGUGCCCUUCCAGCUCCUGGUGAACCUGACCCAGCAGCAGCAGCAGCAGCCGCCGGCGCCCCCGCCGGCCCCGGCCGUCGGCCCCGCCGGCCACGAGCCCCUGCACGAGGCGGGCAGCAUGGCCUUCCGCGCGCUGGGCCUGGCCACGCAGACGGCCAUCGCGGCGGCCAUCGCGCUCCUGGCGCUCACGGCGCUGCUGCUGGCGGCCAUGAUCGGCCGCAAGCGGCGCAAGCGCAAAAAGGCCGCGGGGCCGCCGGGGGAGGGCGUGCUCUUCGUCAACGACUACUCGGACGGGCCCUGCACCUUCGCGCAGCUCGAGGAGCUCCGCGGCGAGCGCGGCCACGAGAUGUUCGUCAUCGACCGCUCCAAGCCGCUCUUCGCCGACGCGCUGGCGCCCCCGCGGCCAGCUGACCGCGCCCCGGCCGAAGGCGCCGCGCACGGGCUCGCGUUCCAGCCGCAGGCGGCCUACGAGAUCCACUGCUGAGCCGCCGGCGCGCCCUGAUGACGUGGCCGCCGCGCUCCCGGCCCCGCCCCGCCGUGGGUCCGCGCAUGCUCGGGCGCGCGCCGGUCAGUAAAGAGUGGAAGCUGCGCAGUGUGCGCCGAGCCGUGUGUGCAGCGACCAGGGCCCGGGGCUUCGGGGACCGACGGGUGGUCAGGGAGGCUCCCCAACACCCCCACCGCGCCCCCCCGGAAAACAGCCCCCUCCAGAAUCACCGCAACCCCUGUGCUCUGCAGGGGCCCAACUCUGGCCCCAAGCCUGGCCUGCUGCAGGAGCCAAGGCGAGAGGGGUGGGGGCAGCAGCCGGAUGGAGGAGAGCAGAUGAGAGCAAGUCCCUGGGCUAAUCAGAACAGAAAAACAGCCAGAGUCAAGUUCUGAGCAUGCUGCACAUUUGUACCUGACACUGCCUCCAGCCCUGAGGCCCAACUGCUAGGGCCAGCUGAAGCGGCAGCAGGACACAGACCAGGGCAGCAAGACAAGAGGACCGGACCCUCCUGAAGCAGCCCCUCCCCACCUCAACCCGAGGGCACUCGCUGUCAGGAAGGGGAUGGGAAGGAGGGUCCCAGAGAGAAAACUCUGGGAGGCUUACAGCUGAGAUCCAAGGAGGGUUCUGCAGGGAGGGACACGCCCCAGGAGUGUGGCCAGCGGUAGCCCACUGAGAAGCCAGUCCUGUGGUCCACACAGUCAACCACAGUGUGGAGCAGGUGCAGGUGCCAAACCACAAGGGACACCAUGGGAAGCACAGGAGGCUCAGGGGUGAGUGGGAGUAAGGCAGGCCCUGCACCAAGGGAAGGGGGACCUACAGGGUACUGGAUGGGAUGGGGCGGUCCUCUAGACCCCUGAAGUUCCCUCAACAGCCCUGCCUGCCCGAGGGGAAGGCAGGCUACUGGGCACUGGUGGCCCCAACCACAGGGGAUCCUGGCAGUCACAGGCUGCAGUCUGCAGCCAGGCGCCCAUAGGUUUCUGUGGUCCAGAGCACAUGGCCUCGACUUGAGGCCAGCAGGGGUGCAGCUCAGCCUCCACAUGGGCAAACAUCUCGUUGAUGGAGACCUUCAGGAGGACAGAGACAGGCAGUGGCCAGGGCAGACCCCCAUAGCAGUCCACGGGGAAGGAGUGCACCACAGUGCACAGCUCGGCCUGGGCUGCCGAGUCCCACAGCAAGUCUCUGAGACCCACCACAGACGAUGGGCUGCUGUAGAGCCCCAGGUAGUGGAGGCCGGAGCAGCGCGUUAGCACAGGCAGCGUGGCCAGCAGCUAGGGGUCAGCGAGCUGGCUCUCGGUCAGCUCAAGGUGCAGCAGCAUGGCUGCUGCUGCCCAAAGGAGACUCCAGAAGGUCGCCGGCUGGCUGCCAGACAGAUCGUUGCCACUCAGAUCCAGCUUCUUGAGGUGGGCAGUGUGGGGGCUCCACACCAGGGAGCACAGGUCCUCAGGCAGCAGGGUACAGACGGCCA